AUGGACGUCGACGAGCCAACAGGCCUCGUGUACCCGCGUAUCCAUGGGUACCGUAUCGGAGAGGAGAUUGGCGGAGGCGGCUUCUCAAAAGUCUUCCGGGCCAUCGACGACGACCAUGGUCGCGUCGCAGCAUGCAAGGUCGUCAACAUUUACAUCUCAGCGUCCUUGGGGUACGGCACGCCUAACGUAAAGGAACUGCAGAAAGAGGUCCAGGUCCACAAGAGCUUGCGCAACCCGUACAUUCUCGACUUUCUCCACUCGGAGCACCUGGACCAGUCCAAGGAGGCAGAGGGUAUCGUCCCGGGACUGUACAUCCUUCUCGAACUGGCCGUUGGUGGCGACCUGUUUGAUAAGAUUGCGCCCGACGUCGGUGUUCCCGAAGACCUGGCCAAGUUUUACUUUGCCCAGCUCGUCUCCGGCGUGGAGUUCAUCCACAGCAAGGGCAUCGCCCACCGCGACAUCAAGCCCGAAAACCUCCUCUUGGCCGCGAACGGCAACCUCAAGAUUACCGACUUUGGCCUCUGCGCCGUGUUCCGCUACAAGGGAAAGGAGCGUCUCCUGAGUGGUCGCUGUGGAAGUCUUCCCUAUGUCGCACCAGAACUUUCGUCGCCAGGAGGAUACGCCGCCGAGCCGGUGGAUAUCUGGGGCAUGGGCGUUGUCCUCUUCACCAUGCUCGUCGGAAACACACCAUGGGACGAGCCGGUUGCCGAGACAAGUGUAGAGUUCAGGACGUACGCCGCCGGUGAGGUGUGGGAGUUCCAGCCGUGGAGCCGAAUCCGUGGACAGUCCAGGGACCUCAUGUGCCGCAUGCUCGACAUCAAUCCCUCAACACGGCUCACCAUCUCGGGUCUCUUGACGCACCCGUGGUGCAUGACGCCUUCGCAGCUCAGUCGCGAGCAGAUCCCAGAGGCGCUCACCCAGGGUAUGCGUGCGAGUGGUAUGAUGGCCGUUGCAGACCCGACUUUCAAGGACCCGAACGCCGCCGCGUAUGCUGCUUCACGUAGCCAGCGUGUCUUUGGCGAAAGCCAGUGGAACACUCAGUGGAACCAGCAGGAGUCGCAGUUUAUGCGUGCUACUGGUAACUUGACGCAAGGAGGAGACUACGACAACAAUACGACGCGUUUCUGGCUCGCUCUCGACGCCCAGGACUCGUUCGCUCUCCUGCACGAAUUCCUCUGCAGUGAGCUCGGCGAGGAGAACGUCCAGGCCAACUCGACGCACACGGCUCUCCGCGUGCGCAAGGCCGCCGGCCAAAAGUCCGUCAGCGGUGCCUUUGUCUUGCGUACCAGCGACACACACGCGGCCUCUGGGCAAACUCUGGUCUCGAUGCGUCGUGAAAAGGGCUCGAUCCUGCACUGGCGCUCAUUCUGGUGGAACACUGUCCGCCAUGUCGAGCUGGAACAGUACGUUGUCAAGGGUGACGCGUAG